AUGGAGGAUUUGCCAGAGCACUUAGUUUAUGAGAUUUUAGGUAGGCUAAAGAAAACCGCAGACCGGAAUUCCACUUCUUUAGCAUGUAAACGCCUGCACAACAUUGACAGAGAGCAGCGGGAAUUACUUAGGGUCGGUUGUGGAUUACACCCUGGACCUGCAUUUGAAGCUUUAAUCUCUCUCUGCAACCGAUUCCCCAACUUGAGGAAGGUAGAGAUUAAUUACUCUAGUUGGUGUUCUCAAUUCGGAAUACAAUUGAGUAAUCAAGGCCUUCUCAUACUUUCUCAACACUGUCCUUCUCUGGUGGACUUGACUCUAAGUCACUGUAACUCCAUUAACGAUUUUGGUCUCCGCUAUUUAAGCUGUUGCACAAAGCUUACAGCUUUGAGAUUGGAGUCUACAGAAAGGAUCACUGCUAGAGGCCUAUUUUUUGUGGUUGCGCGGUGCAAGAAUCUGAUCACCCUCCACCUUACCGAAUGCUCGAAUGUGACUGGAAUUAAGUGGCUCGAGUACCUUGGGAUGGUGGGGACUCUAGAGGAUCUAUCAAUUAAGUUCUGCAAUGCAAUUGAGGAGGAAGAUCUUGCUAAGCUUGGAGCUGCUUGGGAGAAACUUAAACGGUUGCAGUUUGUGGCUAAUCUAUAUAGCAUCUACAGAGCGCAAAGUCCGGAUUUACAGAAGAACCUGCAGUGGGUUUCCUGUGAGAAUAUGGUGGAGCUCAGCUUGACUUAUUGCAUUGUCCAUCCAGGAAGAGGGCUCUCUUGUUUAUUGGGGAGGUGCAGGGCAUUAGAGAAGCUUGACUUGCAGAUAUGUCUUGGAGUUGGGGAUAGUGACAUUGUGAGCUUAGCUCAGAAAUCAAAUAACCUUCGGUCUAUCACCCUCCAUCUCCCUCUAAAACCCCCCUACUAUAUGCCAAACACUGCAUUAAUGCACUUGACAGAUGAGAGUCUGAAAGCAUUGGCUCAGAACUGUCCAAUGCUGGAAUCAGUUGAAAUAUCAUUUACCCGUCAAUGGAAAUGCCCUUCCUCCUCUUUGUUCAGCUUGAGUGGUAUCCUCACUCUAAUCCAGACGUGCCCACUCCGAGUGUUGAUUCUUGACAAUGUCUAUAUGUUCGAUGACGAUGGAAUGAAAGCUCUGUGUUCAGCUCACUUUCUGGAGACCCUGGAGCUUGUGAGAUGCCAGGAGAUCAGUGAUGAGGGGCUGCAAUUUGUGGGGCAAAUCCCACAUUUGAGAUUUCUAAAGAUUGUCAGGUGUUUACAUGUGACAGAUAAUGGGCUAAAGCCACUUGUGGGAUCACACAAGUUAGGAAUGUUGACGGUUGAGGAGUGCCCUUGUAUUUCUCAGCAGGGUGUUCAAGGGGCUGCAAGGUCUGUUUCAUACAAGGGAGAUCCAAAGAAUACAUGGAUGUCUCUUUUGGGGCCUUGUAGUUUCUCUUUCAUUUAA